UCUGGAAAGGAAGCACGCCUUGAUCGCUCUCAUGCAGACAGGAGCCUCUCAGCCACGCACCAAGCAAACCACCAUCUCCGCCUUCUUCGGCACUCAGACAGAUGAAAAAGACAAAGAAAACUCCAGGCCAUCUCCCUUCAUCCCGAGUAGAGACUGCAAAGAAAAAGCUAUUCCGUUGGCUGCCUGCCCCGUGAAGAUCUUGGCUUUGCCGCAGAUGGAGGAAGCUCAGAAACAAUCCUUCAGAGCUGAGGCGAGGACGGUGCAGAUUACACCCCUGUGUCGUGCACAGAAAGCACCGUCCUCGCUGGCUCCUUUCCCAGACUCCUGGUUGUUAGAAACGCAGCCCCGCAGCAAAUGUGAAGCCUCCUGCGGGGCGGGAGAGGAUUGCUGCUGCUUCAGCUUCACCCAGGAUUCAGAGGGCAACCGGAUCAUCGCUCACAGAAAUGAGUCCGAUGUAUUUGCUGGAGAAACAGUUUCAGCAAGCGGCAGCGUAACUCCAGCCUGCAGGAUAAACGAACAGGCGGGCCAGCCGCUCCCAGAGGAGGCGAAGACCCGACUCCAUUUCCAACCAAGACUUGGUGCAAACCAGAAUAAGAAACCACAGCAAUCGAGUAGUGUUAAUUCUUUAAUUGAUUUCUCUGAGACUGAGAAUAUAAAUCCUGCUGUAACGAGAGACAGUACCUGGGCUGCUGGCUUUUAUUCAUCUCCGCAACGACCGACUGGCGCGCAGCCUCUGAGAGAGCGCAGCCAGAACGCUGGUGCUGAUUCAGCCGAGGAGGGACGGAGCAGUCCCUGCCGGCAGCUGUUCACCCAGGAUUCAGAGGGGAACAGAGUAAUCGCUCACCGCUGCCAGAACCUCCCAUCUCCUCGCGAGGACAACAGCAGCUCUCACCGGCAGCUGCCCGACUCUCCAUACAAGGGCUGUUCCAGCGAUGCCACGAACGGGAGCUUGAGCAAACCAGGGGAGCGGCAGUUAGAUAUGUGCUAUGAGUUACUGUUCACGCAGGAUUCGGAAGGGAACAGAGUGAUUAAACAUGGAGAAGUGACCUUGAAUGGGUCGACUAGUGACCUUGUGAAGCCUCAGGAAAGCAUUUUUCGGUAAGAAAGUGGUCAGAAUUUGGUAAGUGUACCCGUUGUUUCCGUUUGUAUGGUCUAACCAGCGUAUGCAUAGACCCGUGCAACAGGCAGGGCCUCUUGGUUCUCUGAA